CCGGGUCCUACCUACUAUCCAUUAUGUCUGUACCUAGUAGGCAACUUGAAGUAACCAAGCUUGCAUCUUGAUACAUACUAGGUAGUAGCGAUCUUGGAAGUCUCCAUUUUUAAUAUUUUACAUUUUACAUUCGACGCUCUACACUUCCGAGUUGUCAUUUUGAAGCUACACAUACAUAUAAUGUACCUAAUGUCUUCCAAGCUAGGGUUUUGUAGGUAGACAUCUCUCUUCUUUAUUUCACACCUUGUGCUAUGCGGACGCUUGAAGGCCAAAUCCGGAUUAGAGGGAUAAAUUAUAUUAAGCAAAUGGGCUUGUAAUAAGGCGCCUCUCGGCCUCGGCAGGAUUCGUCUAUUCCCUCACUUGUCUAUGCUUCAUCAUGUCGCAGAAGACGGCCGUCAGCAAGUCUUCGUCGACCUUCCAUUUUGCCGCUGGUCUCGGUUCUGGCACAUGUGGCGCUGUGCUUCUACAGCCUUUCGAUCUACUUAAGACACGCGUUCAACAGUCAGGCUCACACUCGAUCAGAGCAGCUAUAAGAGAAAUUGCUAGGUCUCCAAAUGCCGUGACUGCCUUUUGGAGGGGCACAAUCCCGUCAGCUCUCAGAACUGGUGUUGGGUCUGCCAUAUAUUUCACGGCUCUUAACGUCAUACGGCAACGCGCAACAUCACUGCCAUUUGCCAUAACACCCGUUACUGACCCGCUGAGGUCUUCCUCUUCUCUCCCGAAGCUCUCGAAUACCGCUAAUCUCGUGGCCGGUGCCUUUGCUCGGGCUUUCGCUGGCUUCAUCUUAAUGCCACUAACCGUUAUCAAGGUCCGCUAUGAGUCAAACUUGUAUUCAUACAAGUCCAUUGCCGGCGCCGCGAAAGACAUAUAUCGAACGGAACGUAUCCCUGGGUUUUUCGCCGGGGUCGGCGCAACCACAAUUCGAGAUGCCCCCUACGCUGGACUCUACGUGCUAUGCUACGAACAGUUUAAGAAGCAACUGAGCUCUUGGCAUUUUCAAGACCCUUCUGUUCUAUACGCACAGUCCGGCGCCGGCAUGGGGGGCUCAUUAUCCGCUACCAUCAACUUUAGCUCCGGAGCGCUAGCCGGAGCGACGUGUUCUUUCGUCUCGAACCCAUUUGAUGCCAUUAAGACGCGCAUACAAUUACAGCCACGCGAGUACCGCAACAUGGUUCAAGCCUGCCGUAAGAUGGUAUCGGAGGAAGGCGUACGAUCUCUCUACGAUGGGCUCACUCUACGAAUGGCACGUAAGGCGAUAAGUUCCGCCUUGGCUUGGAUGCUGUAUGAAGAAUUGAUUCGGAGAGCAGAGACUACCCUACAUCGAAGAAAUACAAAGGGACAUGUAUAAUAUUCCAAACCCACCCCUAGUCAAAAUAACUCCCCGCUCACGAGUGGUAUCGAUUGGUGAACCCGAGGCAGACCGCUCUUCGGGAUGGGUAUUCCCGCCUGUGAUUCAUCUUGUUCUCAUCAUCAUAGAAAUAGGAAAGUGGCAUGAGUCUAUUCGUCAACUGCAAAUUGCAGCGGCCAUCCCUGUCCACGCAAAGGAGAAGAAAAUGAAUAGAAAUUACCACACUACGCCGGUCUCCCCCCAGCCAAGUACAUCAGUAAAGAAGGGGAUCGGCUCCGCCUACGCUCCUUCUUACGGACCCAUUCAAAUUCAGGCUCGAGAUGGUGAUGAUGCUUUCUCCUAUCCUUCUCUUCAAUAGACACUGCAUAAUCUAAUAUUAGCAUUUAUCCAUCGGAAAAUCAUAAGAGUGGACUCAGUAUGUGCAAUCAUAUACUAAAUACGAUUCGUUCUCUAGCGAACCCCUGCAAUGCGUAUCCGAUUUUAAAAGCGAACCGAAAAAGGAGGGGGGCGGCACGGCGUAGAGUAGUGUGUAGACGGAAUUACUUACUAAUAAGCUUACUAGAACCAGAGGACCGCUUCUCGCGAAUGAGUUUGGUGUGUCUCCAGAGCAGGUCCUGCUCCGGUUCAUCCACCCACCUCUUGAUCAGGAUAUAGUCUGGAUCCUAUAUUAUGUGGUCAGACAGAGACGCCACUCAGAAGAAUGAGAUGGGGUCCACUUACGGGGUCAAGUUGGAAGUCGAUA